AAUGAAGACCAUUCUCAGCAACCAGAUUGUUGACAUCCCCGACAAGGUUGAGAUCUCCCUCAAGGGCCGCACAGUAACUGUGAAGGGGCCCAGAGGAGUCCUACGGAAGAACUUCAACCACAUCAAUGUGGAACUGAGCUUAUUGGGCAAAAAGAAAAAGAGGCUCCGGGUUGACAAAUGGUGGGGUAACAGAAAGGAGCUGGCCACAGUGCGCACGAUCUGCAGCCAUGUGCAAAAUAUGGUCAAGGGUGUCACACUGGGCUUCCGAUACAAAAUGAGGUCGGUGUACGCUCACUUCCCCAUCAACGUAGUUAUUCAAGAGAGCGGCUCAUUGGUGGAAAUCAGAAACUUCUUGGGUGAAAAAUACAUCCGUAGGGUUCGCAUGAGAGAUGGUGUCUCCUGCGCGGUGUCCCAAGCUCUGAAGGAUGAACUGAUUCUUGAAGGCAAUGACAUUGAGCUUGUGUCCAAUUCAGCUGCUUUGAUCCAGCAAGCCACCACAGUAAAAAACAAGGAUAUCCGAAAGUUCUUGGAUGGUAUCUACGUCUCCGAGAAGGGCACAGUCCAGCAGCAAGAAGAAUAAAAGGUCAUCUUACAGAGGUUUGACUCCAGUGCUGCUUCCAUCAAUAAAAUGUCUUUAUCUAAA